AUGAUACGUACGCGAAUCCUGCCGCAAAUCCUGUUGCAAAAUGAAUCAUCCGUAUUUUUUCGAUCCGUUUUCUCGUCUAGUUUUCACACGUCGCGAACCGCUGACAGAAAGAAGGAAGAAACUUGCGAACCUGUAUCCGUGGCCGUUAUUCUGUGCGGUUGCGGUUAUCUAGAUGGUACUGAAAUAUCCGAGGCCAUAUCGUCGUCGAUUCACAUCUGCCAGAAAGAUAUGGUGCCGUGUUUUUACGCGCCGGACAUAGACAUUUGUGACACCGUCGAUCACAUCACUAAACAAUCAGAUUCGAAAAGCCCGUCGAGAAACGGGAUGGUCGAGGCUGCCAGAUUGGCCAGAUCGGAAAUAAAACCGCUGUGCGAGUGCAAGGCCUGCAUGCACGAGGCACUCGUCCUCCCCGGUGGAUUUGCCGCGGCAAAGACACUGAGCAACUUUGCAGAGAAAGGGGCCGACUGUACGGUGAUGCCCGAUUUGGAGAAACUUAUCGAAGACUUUUACUGCGAGAAGAAGCCCAUCGCGUCGAUCUGCAUUGCGAGCGUUCUCGUAGCAAGAGUGUUGAAGGGUGUUAAAAUUACGCUCGGCAAAGACGCGCCGGCGAAAGAUUGGCCGUACGCCGAUGCUAUUAAGAAGGCUAAAACCAUGGGAGCCAGAAUAGAGAUGAGAAACGUGAAGGGAGUAACGAAAUGUAAAAAGUACAACGUUCUUAGUACGCCGGCCUGGAUGUACAAGUCUGCGUGUUACGCAGAGAUUCACAAUGGUAUAGGGAAACUGAUUGCCAUGUUGAAGAAGAGCAUCAACUAA